CUCAGGAAAGUUGUGCCGGGCCGGGCCGGGCCGGGCCGGGAUGGACGCGCUGCGCUCCGCGGGCCGGGCGCUGCUGCGGAGCCCCAGCGGGCCCAGAGCGGCCUGGGCCGGCGGGCGGCACCACAAGCUGCCCGAGAACUGGACGGACACGCGGGAGACGCUGCUGGAGGGGAUGCUCUUCAGCCUCAAGUACCUGGGCAUGACCCUGGUGGAGCAGCCCAAGGGAGAGGAGCUCUCUGCAGCCGCUGUCAAGAGGAUCGUGGCCACCGCAAAAGCAAGUGGGAAGAAGCUGCAGAAAGUGACGCUGAAGGUGUCACCCCGAGGGAUUGUGCUCAGGGACAGCAGGACCAACGAGCUCAUCGAGAACAUCUCCAUUUACAGGAUCUCCUACUGCACGGCAGACAAGGCCCACGACAAAGUGUUUGCCUACAUUGCCCAGAGCCAGCUGAACGAGAGCCUGGAGUGCCACGCCUUCCUGUGCACCAAGAGGAAGAUGGCCCAGGCUGUCACCCUCACUGUGGCCCAGGCCUUCAGAGUCGCCUUUGAGUUCUGGCAGGCAGCGAAGGAAGAGAAGGAGAAGAGGGAAAGGUCCAUCCUGGCAGCAGAAGGGACGAGCAGCCCCGGCUCAGCAGCUCCUGCCCAGCCUGCCACACCUCCAGCCAUGGGGAACUUGCUGGAUUUUGGGGACCCUGGCAGAUCCCCCCUGGGCAGCAGCACGGAGUGCCCAGGGCUGGACAACAGCAGCUUUGGGCCCAGCCCCUCGGUCAACAACAACGUGCUCUGGGAAAUGGAUGAUGGUCUGGACGAGGCGUUUUCAAGGCUGGCGCAGUCGAGGACGAACCCGCAGGAGUUGGACACGGGGCUGUCGGCCCAGGACGUGCAGAGCGCAGAGCCCCUGUCCCCCCUGUCCCCCGUGUCCCCCCUGUCCCCACUGUCCCCCUGGAAGGGGCUGGAGCCCGGCACGGCCGACAGGGACGAUCUCUUCAUGUUCUGAGGCUGUGCUGAGAGAGGAAACCCCCCCUGGACCCUGCCAGGAGCAGCCCCGAGGAUGUCACAGCUUCCAGACCAAAGCUUCAGAGACCUAACAGGGAUUUUUUACACCUUGCUUUUACCUAAGCCACGAGAUGCUCUGGGACACGUUUACUCACAGUUUACAAGUGCUCCUGGGAGGUGUGGAGAGAUCUGCACAGGGUCUGCUCCUCCUGCAGCAGCCUGGGCAGCACCAAAGCUGCCCUGGAGCAUCCCCUGAUGCAAACACGGUGUUUCUAACCCACCCAGCCGGGAGCAGCUCAUCACCUGCCUGGCCAGGAGGGGAUUUGCAGCAGCUGCUGACAGUGGGAGAGCAGAGAGGGAGCAGAGCUGGUGCUUUUGUGUCAGUGUCUGUGGCGCUCUCACAGCUGUCACUCACCCCACGGCUCCGCUGGGAAUUGACGCUUUUUAACCCAAAGACUCUACGAAGUUUUGCACUUUAAAACUUGAACUGAAAACAAUGGUCCGAAUUGUCACGGUAAGCAGUGCCUGGAACCUCUCCUCAGAAGCUAUUUACCCAAAAAGAGCCCACCCUGGCGAUGCUGCAGCUCUGGCUCCAAGCUGACCCCUCACCUCUCCAGAUCCCAGAGCUCCGUUGGCUUUAAAGGCAAAACCACCGGGGAGGAAGGAUUUGUUCUGCUCAGUUCUGCUGGAAAGGGCAGCCUGGGAGGGCCAGCAGGACCUCAGGCCCGUGUGGCCAGCUCGGCCCAGCAGGUUUGCCUGUCCAGGGCUUGCUCCUGCCUCAAAGGUGUGUGGUUGUUGCUUGCUGGAUGGAAUGGGAUCAGGCAGCAGCAAUUCCUGGCUGCAGAUGGAAUGGGAUCAGACAGAAAUUCCUGGCUGCAGAUGGAAUGGGAUCAGACAGGAGGAAUUCCUGGCUGCAGAUGGAAUGGGAUCAGACAGAAAUUCCUGGCUGCAGGGAUGGACUGGGAUCAGACAGAAAUUCCUGGCUGUAGGGAUGGAAUGGGAUCAGGCAGCAGCAAUUCCUGGCUGCAGGGACAGAAUGGGAUCAGGCAGAAAUUCCUGGCUGCAGGGAUGGAAUGGGAUCAGGCAGGAGGAAUUCCUGGCUGCAGAUGGAAUGGGAUCAGGCAGGAGGAAUUCCUGGCUGCAGAUGGAAUGGGAUCAGACAGAAAUUCCUGGCUGCAGAUGGAAUGGGAUCAGGCAGCAGCAAUUCCUGGCUGCAGAUGGAAUGGGAUCAGACAGAAAUUCCUGGCUGCAGAUGGAAUGGGAUCAGGCAGGAGGAAUUCCUGGCUGCAGAUGGAAUGGGAUCAGGCAGCAGCCACACCUGGCUGCCCAGGUAGCAGAGCCACCCCUCCCAGUGGUGCUCCCAGCCCUUCUCCCCGACAGCCACAGCUCCCAGGGGGCUCAGGAAGCUCCAUCUACCCCUGGGACUGCAAACCAGCAGCGGAGGUACAAAGCUUCUGCUAACUAAGAGAUUUAAGUUUUAACGAUCCUAAAUAGUCUCACUGACACCUCGCAGUGUUUGUGGCCUUAUGUGAAGCGUGCUAAUCUGUUUUAUAGAUUUGUAACUUGGGUUUGAAGCACUAAUUCGUUCCCCAGACAGCUCUUUAGAACUCCCUUAAAACUGCUCCCAGGAAGGGAAAAAUCCCUCUCUGUCAGCUGCAGGAAUUCAUUAGGAGGAGCUGAGUGACUGACUUAGAUUUGAGAUGUUUUCCCCCCCGAGUGUGAGUGUGAGAAGGUGCUGGGGGCUGGUGGAGCUGACUGACCACGUGUGUGACAGAACCUGUGCUCUGAGCAUCCACCUCUCCUUCCCUGGAGACCCCAGCAGCAGGCCUGACAGUCACAACACUAUCUCUGUGUGUCUAGAGUGGUUUUUUUAAGAAAAACUGACGCUGUAAAGAAUAUUCUGCACUGAGGGGAAUAAAAACUCUGCAGUUUUUUGGA